AUGGACUGGCCCAGAACACCACCUAUGGGCUGGAUGUCAUGGGCGACAUUUCUUUGUGAAAUAAAUUGCAGAAAGCAUCCGGAUCGUUGCAUCAGUGAGGAUCUAUUUCGUCAAAUGGCUGACAGAAUUGUUGAGGAUGGAUUCCUGGCAGCUGGUUACAAUCGUAUACAUAUCGAUGACUGCUGGAUGGAACGUACCCGAAACGAGUUCGACAAGUUGGAAGCCGAUCGUGAACGCUUCCCCAGCGGAAUAAAGGCGUUAGCCAAAUAU